CUGUACUCAAGUUAUGAUGCAGUUCAUGGGUUGCAGACUAUUGCCCUAUAUUACCAGUAGAGCUCCAGUAUAGAGUUAUAUUUGAGCUCAGAGUUCCUUGUGGAAGAAAGGACGGCUGAACGAACUCACUAUCAGUGAAAGGAGAAUGAUGGCGGAGAGCGGAGUCGAAUUUGAGCAACCUCAAAGGCGUCUUGGUGACAAGAAGCAAGACAAUGGAGAACUGACAGACUCCAAGUUUCUUGUUGAAGAGAAGAAGCAGAGAGACAGGGAAGACCAAGAAAGUCUGGUGUUAUGGAAGAAACCUCUGCUCACACUUUAUUACUUCUCCCUGGAAAUGCUCAUCACUCUUAACGGGUGGAUAUUGAGGCUUUGGCAUCAAAGACAGAUGGUGUUUGGCCUUGUGAUGCUUCUUAUGCUUCUCUCUAUUGCUUACCGCAUUGAGGGACCACAUCAGAAGUACGUGUGCUCCAUGGAGAAGAAGACACUGUGGUGCGCCUAUUGGGUCGGCCUGGGUAUCCUCUCCUCCGUCGGUCUUGGCACCGGCCUGCACACCUUCCUGCUUUACCUGGGACCUCACAUUGCAUCAGUGACUCUGGCAGCCUAUGAAUGCGGUUCAGUGGAAUUCCCUGAGCCUCCCUAUCCGGACCAAAUUGUCUGUCCUCAUGAGGGAGCACCGACAUCCGGCACUGGUGCGGAGCAGGUGGGCGUGAGGGCAGAUGGAAUGGUGGAGCCUGCAGGCCUCCAGGGAAGCAUAUCCCUCUGGACCAUCAUGUCAAAAGUUCGCCUGGAAGCUUGUAUGUGGGGUGCUGGUACUGCUAUCGGGGAGCUCCCUCCCUACUUCAUGGCAAGGGCAGCCCGGCUGUCUGGUUCUGACCCAGAUGAUGAAGAUUACCAGAAGUUUGAAGAAAUGCUGGACCAGACCGAGUCUGCUCAGGAUUUUGCAUCUAGGGUGAAAGUUGCCAUCCAGAAGCUUAUCCAGAAGGUCGGGUUUUUGGGGAUUUUAGCUUGUGCCUCUAUUCCGAAUCCAUUGUUUGACCUGGCCGGAUUAACAUGUGGACAUUUUCUGGUCCCCUUCUGGACUUUUUUUGGGGCAACACUGAUCGGGAAGGCGGUAAUCAAAAUGCACAUUCAGAAACUGUUUGUGAUCAUCACCUUCAGCAAGCACAUUGUGGAGCAGAUGGUCUCCUUCAUUGGCGCUGUUCCUCUGCUGGGUGCGGCACUGCAGAAGCCCUUCAGGGAGUACUUGGAGGCCCAGAAGGCCAAGCUGCACCAUGUCACCAGAGAGGGGACCCCAACGGAGGAGAGCUGGCUCUCGUGGCUCUUCGAGAAGGUUGUGGUCAUCAUGGUAUGCUUCUUUGUCUGCUCCAUUGUCAACUCCAUGGCGCAGAGCUAUGCCAAGCGCAAGCGGCAGGAGAAGUCCUCGGACAGCAAGACGGAAUGAGGGCCAGCAAGGUGUGGGGGGAGUUGGGUGGGUUGGGGUCGAUCGUAUCGGACCACCAGCCCUUCAUAUCUACUCUCCCUUUUGGCUGAUACCCCAUCAUUAUCCUAGGCACAAAAAAAAACGGCACCAUCUGGUUUCUCUCUAGCUUCUGUAACAACAUGUUUAUCUUCAGCUUGGACUUCCAUUUGCUUGUUUAUGAAGGCUCUGCAAUUUUGGUCGCAAUUUUGGUAUUUCUGUAUGUUCUCUCCUGCAAAGGUAGGUGCUCGCUGAGACAUGUGGGGCUGUAUGUAGGCAUCCACGCUUUGAACUAGUGCUGAGUCUACUUAAGUUUUACUCUAAUAUUUUAAAUUAACCAUAUUUGCUGUUUAGUUUUAGCUGUUUUUUUUCUAUUUAGGAUAUUAUUAUAGCUUGUAGAUGUUUGGCAUUGGCUGUUUAGAUAAGGAACGUAGUUAGAGCUGCAUCAUUUCCAUUUCAUGUGCUGCAGUUGUAGGGAUGGCAGUGGAUGCUUUAGGCUCCACAUGGUGUAAUAGGUGACUUCUGUGCAGGAUGUAGUAUUUUGGAUAGGUAAUGAUAAAUGACUCCUGGAUCACCCCCGCCGGUCCCUUUGUCUCCCCUCAUUGUUCUGCUUCCAGGAAGAGAGCGCAUGAGUCAGCCCGGGGGCCACUUUGACCAGAUGCAGGGUAUAUAUUCAAUCAGAUCUACAACGUUGUGUGUGUCACAUGUAGAUAGCGGGUUGUCUUAAUGUGGUCGCAAUAUUUUUUGUGGAUUAAAGCAGAUGGUGAGAUCGGACUGCUGCCUGGUGUGCUAGAUGAGAGAGAAAUCUUCUUUGUUUCCACUUUUCCUUUGGAGGUUUUUCCUUCUUUUUUUUUUUUUUUUUUGGUACCAAAAG